AUGGUCCUCGCCCAGCCUCAGAACCAGCAUGUCAUGAAGGCGUUCGACCUUACCGGCAAGGUUGCCGCUGUGACCGGAGGUGCCCGUGGAAUCGGCCUCGAGGUGUCCAGAGCACUAGCCGAAGCAGGUGCCCAUGUGGCCUUGAUCUACAACUCGUCCAAGACCGCCGAGGCGACCGCAGCCGAGAUCGCAUCUGCGAACAAUGUUCGCACGGCUGCGUACCAGGCAAAUGUAGGAGUUCAGUCCGAAAUCGAAGCGGUCGUGCAGCAGAUCUCCAAGGACUUCGGAAAGAUUGAUAUCAUUGUCGUUAACUCCGGAAUCACUUCGAAUGUUGCGGCCGAAGACUACACAACGGAGCAGUGGAGUGAUAUCAUGAAGGUCAAUCUCGAUGGAGCCUUCUACACUGCCCAAGCCGCGGCGCGCAUUUUUAAGACGCAGGGGUAUGGAAAUGUUAUUUUCACAGCUUCUGUCAGCGCGACGCUGGUGAAUGUCCCUCAGAAGCAGGCUGCGUACAACGCUUCCAAAGCAGGUGUUGUCCAACUGGCAAAGUGCCUGUCAGUGGAAUGGGUUGAUUUUUGCCGCGUCAAUUGCAUCUCUCCCGGAUUCAUCGCAACUGAGAUUCUGGAUAUCCACCCCCAAGAGUGGCGGGAGAAGUGGUUCAGCAUGAUUCCCGCAAAGAGAAUGGCUGAGUGCUAUGAGCUGAAGGGCGCGUAUGUCUUCUGUGCAUCCGAUGCAUCCAGCUAUAUGACCGGUGCCAACAUCGUUAUUGACGGUGGAUAUACGCUUCCUUAA